AUGCCAUUUGACCUUGGGCCAAUUUCUCAUCCCAAUAGUGAUGACAUAUGGUCUGACGCCCUUGCACCCAUUAUACGCACAUUUUCUUUUUCACAGCUCGAAACCGUUCUAUAUGCGUUCCUGCCAACUAGGAUUGAGCAACACGUGCCAAAGACAGGCAUCUAUGCUGUUGAUACCUUUGUCAUUACUGCAAGUGUUACCCUAAUCCUUACCGUUGCUAAAUUGACCCUGCUUCUUCUCACUACAAUCUUGACCCGCUUGAAGCACAAAAGAGAUAUGGAGCUGGCGAAUCAAGGCUACUUAACUAUCGUCGUUGAGCCUUCGGUUGCCCAAGAUGACUACCAUAUUACAUCCAAUGUUUAUCACCAAGCACUUUCCCGUCUUGUCUCCCAAGGUAUCCAAUCCAAAGCAACGGGUUCAUACACGCUGAAACCAAACUUUGAACUUGAUCAUGCACCCACGGAGCCGCCAAAAUUUGACAUGAUCCCACAUCCGGGACAAGCUUGUACAAUUCAACAUGGAGAAUGCACUUUCCAAAUCAUGUUCCAAGAACAACGUCGUUCGCCAGCAAACAUCACUGAUAGCAAGUCUUCUUCCUCAGCAGCAGCAGCAUCAUCCUCAUCAUCCCCUUCUCAACCAAGUCCAAUCCAAAUUUCUAUGAAAGGUUGUCGUGAACAAGGCGCCACCAUAUCUGUACUAUCAACUUUCCUUGAACGUAUCGCACAUGAUUACAUCACAUACACUGAAGAAGCCAAACGGAGCCAAGAGCGUCGGUCACGAUACAAUUAUUCAGCUUCAGGGAAAUGGAUACGCAUUUGUCCUUUACAUGCAAUGCAAAAUGGCUUACGUACCGUUGCGUUACGUUCAGAAAGUGAAGCCAUCCUUAAGAAAGAUCUCGAUAUCUUUAUCCGUAACAAGGACUUUUACAAGCGUAUUGGUGCACCUUAUACACGUGGUUAUCUCUUUCAUGGACGACCUGGUACAGGAAAAACGAGUCUCGUGUUUGCAAUGGCGUCUGCUUUGCACCGAGACUUGUACUUCAUGAAUCUGGGAUAUGUGGAUUCUGACUCUGAGCUAUUCCAAGCGUUUGCUACUGUUCCUCCAAAUUCCAUCAUCGUGUUUGAGGAUGUUGAUACCAUGACGGAUGUAUUGCAUCGAAGAAAAGCGUCAGCCCAAGUCAGUGACACAUCCAUGGAUCGUAAUCCUCGCUUUAAUCUGAGCACCUUUUUAUCGAUCCUUGACGGCCAUGUCCUUGAGGAAGGUAUCAUUUUCAUCAUGACUACCAAUUAUCCUGAAGUACUUGAUCCAGCAGUGAUUCGUCCAGGGCGAAUGGAUAUUCAUUUGGACCUUAGUUACAGUACACACUAUCAAAUCAGGCGCAUGUAUGGCAUUGUCCACCAAGAUUGUGAUCGAAAUAGCAGUUUGGAUGAUGUAUACCCUGACCUAGAGCGAGAGAUUCCAGAAUACCUUAUUCCACCGAGUGAAAUCAUGCAAAUCAUGGUUGCAUGUCGAGAGAACACCGAUGAGAUCCCCACAAAACUUCGAGAGCUCGUACAGCGUUAUAAGCUCAUAGAUGCCUAA